GAGAGAAACUCUGUGACGUUAAUAAUAGCUCUUAGCACUUGACAGAGACAGAGCACCAAUGGGCGUCUCCGAAAUAAUUGAGAAAUUAGCGUCAUUUCAGUUGGGUAAAAACAACUGAGGAAUCUAUUCUAUCGUAUCACUUCCUCAAUCGUCACUCUGAAGGUAAACUCAAAAAGUAAUGAUGCCCAGUUAUAUACUCGACUAGUGAAUAGUUGUAAAAUGAAAAGACCACGAGUUUUAAGUCUAUUGCUACGUAACUAAAAUACCCCACUUUGAAUUGAACUCAGAAACAGCCCAUAGCAGAGUAAAAGUAAACAUCCUUCCUGUCCGCUUAUAGACGUCCUUCUGAACAAAGUGCCAAAAUGUCCUCAAGCCGACCUCAAAGACGAUUGACGUAGAUUGGUAUUUGACUGGAAAAUAUUUGAAACAUUUCCGCAGUCAACAACUGAUUUUCUUCCGUGAAAUCGUAGACACUUUCAUAAAAUCGGAGUGGUACUUACGUAAACAAGUGGAGGUGAAAAGAGAAUGCUUUCGAAGACUUAGUAACCUGAGAUUAAGUUUGCCUGCAGAAUUUUGAUAAGGAAUAAGCUGGUUCUCUGGAUCAUUUGUGUGGAAAUUUGAAAUACUGCCAGGUUGCAUUCGGCAUAAUAUUCCUGCAAAUUUAAACGUAAUUUCUUUUCAGAAUCAUCCUCAACUUACUUCAAUGCUGUAAAGAGCAUCUUCGUUUGUAGAAUGGGUGGAGCCUUGCAAACAUACACAAUCUCAUAUCAGUGAUAUGGCGCUUGGCAAUAUGAACAAUCAUUCAUCAUUGUUCAAAUUAAAACAAAUAGACCAACCAUUUGAGAAGAGCUGCAUCGAAGCCGCACUACACUACUUCCCCAGGAGAACCGAGCCUAACUCGUCGGUAGCAAGUUAAAGUGCAGGAGGAGGCAUGUCAAUGCUGUUCAUGUGUGAAGUACCAAGUGAUUUACACCAGAUGACUGAAACAGACACAAUGGUCACGAAGGUUGGAAUGCCCUUUCUCAGAAUUAUCGUUCGCCAAGCAGUACAAAUCAAACAGAUCGUGAUAAGAUAUUUAGCAUAUCACCAGAAGCUAGUUGAUACUACAAACUCGGAUUAAUUUGAUAUGGUUUUCUAAGGAUUCACAAGGUUAAACUCUAAUUUAGUAACCCGAUUGGCUUCUGAGCUAUUCCUUUUUCCAUCGUUACCUGCGCGUUGUGCGCAUCGAGCUACUUUGCCGACAACUCCAGUCAUGUGGUCGUCGAAUCAGUGCAAGCACUCUCAAGGGAGAGAAUUUUGGCUUGUUCACCUUCAGAAGUUGGUUUUCUUCUUGUAAUGCUCUCAUGGCAGUUUUUUUGAAGAGAAGCAACACAGCGAUUUCCAUUAGCAACCUAAGAGAUGGCAUCUCCAGAGCGGGCCUCCCAGCAAUGACCAGCGCUUUCUCUAAAUGUGCACUGAAACAUAACCUUCACCAAUUGCAGCAGCUCGAAGGCUCAACUGAGUUUCGUUCUCGACAUCAGACGCCUCAAAACGUAGCAAGUCGACAAGAACCUCUCCACAAGUUGAUGCAAGCCGCAACUCUACAUCAUCUCAAGCCUCUAUCAAUAUCGCUUGGACGAUAUCAUCAGCAGUGUGGUCGGAUCCGAUGACUCUGAAGACUCGUGCUUCGCAACUGCGAAGUUGGCCACCAGCGGGUCCGCAGUCAGUGAGACUUGACCAUGUGGAGGGACUUCUUUGCAACUUGCAUACCUUCCCGCGCACAUUCAAUGCGUACUAACUGAGUAAAUGGGAUUUUUGAAGAUCUCUGAUCAUGCCGGUGUCUGCCGCUGUUUUAGCAUAGUUUGAUGCAGCGCCGGAAAUUGGAGGAAAGUAUUGAAUCGUGCACAUUCGCAAGGUCGUCAAUGCAUCUAGGAACUGCAGUGCGCUCCUAUUCCGUUCGAUCUAGUCGACACAGAAAGAAAUAGCUCAAAAUCAACGAAGGAAAUGCGAAAGUGGGUAGCUAAGUUCGGCGGAAGGAUAAAGUGCGGUCACAAAGGUAAUCUGUAGAGAAGGCGCCGCGUUUCUUCUCGGUAGGAGAGAAGCAGCCGCACUACCACCGGCGGAUGAGCGAUAUCAGGGGUACAAUACCUGAUAAAUAGAGGCUAAUAAAAGAGGCCAGACAAUGAAUGGAACAAUCACGAGUACGAAAACAUCAGUUGAAUUGGGCAUGAUGAGGACUCGGAGGGCCAGUUCCAGGAGAAUAGGGUCCGGAUUGCUUCACACAGCAAUGGAACGCCACACAAAUCUGGGUGUGCUCUAUCAUCACUCUUCGAUGGAGAUGACGUGGGGCGACUCUUUAAUCCAGGUCCACCGGGAAGCAGGCGGCGGAGCGGGCGGAGAGGAUGGCUGGCUGCUCUCCGAAUAGACCUGAGCUUCUUGUAGCUGUUUGCGCAGCCACUACUCCCAUGGCCCUUUCUGGCAUAUCUUCGUAGCUUGAUUGGCGUCGGAUGAUUAGAAUGUCGGCGCAGAGAGAGAGAGAGAGAGAGAGAGAGAGAGAGAGAAUUCCUCCUUUUCCUGUUCUAGUCCAUCCGGAGUUGAGCUUGAGUAGUCGAUUUGAUAUUUUGGCAGGUUGGGGACGUGGGUUCAGUGUAAGCUUGACUGUUUUUUUUUAUUUGUCAUUUUUGUAGUUGUUUCUCCCCUCUCAAGUUGUACUUAGAUAUGGUCGAGAGUAAUUGCAAGGCACGGCGUUGUGUACUCUUUCCAUGUACGAUCGGGACAUCAUUGAUGUAGGGGCUGCCAGCUUUUUAAGUGGAAAUUUCAGCUUCUGCCAGGAAUGGAUGAUUGAAUGUGAUCGCAGGUUUGCUUCUGUUGUUUUUUUGCGAAACAGGUGAUGAUUUUUGUCGUACCAAGGCUUGGUUGACGAUCGAGUUGGAGUGCCGCAUGGGUGCUGAUAUGUUUGCCUUACUCUCUUUCCGUCGUGGGGUGUGACAACCAGCCGCCUAAAGAGUAGAUAUUGCCUACUGCGCCGCCUGCCCUGCGGGACUCUGCGUUUGAAGGCUACUUACCUUCACUGCCCGUGAUGAGUAGCUUUGAAUAGAGCAAGGACGCUUUGGGAAUUUGCCAUGGUGGUAGUGCUUCGAUCUAACUGGUGCCUGGAAUGGAAGCCUUUGACGGAGAGCUCAACAUACACAUCAAUGAUAUGAAGGGCUGAAGUUGAAUCUCAAGCGCGUAGGUCCGAGAAGACACAAGUGACGCUUCUCAUUUUCUCACUUCGUCGAUGCCAAUAUGGGUCUCGAAGCGGAGAGGAUAGUGACAUAUGGGCAGUCUCAGAGGAAGAAACAGCUGAUGGCCGCCGCUUUGGCCAACUCAACUUUAUCUACCAAUUGCGAUCCUCCAGGAAAUGCCCAAUCCGGUCACUGGAGUUUUAAAUCCACGGCUCUGGCUAUCUUCCUUCUGUCUACAUGUUUUUUCCAGAUCAACAAAGCUUCCAACCGGGACACCGUUAAUGUCAACGACACAUCUGCGAUGCUAAUUCAAUUGGCGACGCAAAUUGCCGCGACCACCACCCUACCCUGCUCAGGUCACGGCUACCUGGAAUUCGGUGGGACGAAGCAAUGCGUCGGCACUUGUAAGUGCUACGAGUGUUUUGGAGGUGUGGACUGUUCCCAAGUGAUACACUCUUGCGUCAUUGACCUGGACCACGGGGACCCGACCAUGUUUGAGGAGUUCUGGUUCCGACAUGAAGUUAGCAGCAUCACUGUCAUUCUUGGUUAUCAGCGAAUGAGUUACUUCGCACAAAGCAAGCACGUGUGGUUCAUGGAGAACGAGCUGGAGCUUCAGAUCAGGGCGUUGCAUGAGGUGGUGGGAAACGCGGUCACCGAGGGUCGUCACAUUGUGGUUGGUACAGGCUCCACCCAGCUCUUCCAAGCUACCCUUUACGCUCUCACAUCUCCAGACCAACCCAAGCCAACGAAUAUUGUCUCUGCCGCUCCGUUCUACUCCUCUUACCCUGCAGUGACCGACUACUUGCGUUCGGCGUUGUUCAAGUGGGUCGGUGACGCUGCGAAGUUCAGCCUUGGUGUUGAACGGGAGGAGCCAUACAUAGAGAUGGUCUGCUCUCCAAACAAUCCAGACGGAAGGAUUCAGCACGCCAUUGUGAAUGGGACGGGGCAUGUUGUGCACGAUCUGGCUUACUACUGGCCGCAUUACACGCCCAUCACAGAGGCAGCCGACCAUGAUAUCAUGCUUUUUACACUCUCGAAGAGCACCGGGCAUGCAGGAACACGCAUUGGGUGGGCUAUCCUGAAAGACGAGAAAGUGGCGAAGAAGAUGAUGAAGUUCGUAGAACUUAACACGAUCGGCGUUUCACAUGAUUCUCAAGUGCGAGCAACGCAGAUUGUGAAGAGUGUAGUCCAGGGAUAUGCAUACUCAUCUGCGAGUAACCUUGGAAUCGAGACACAAACGUUAAGUUCACGGAGUCUCUCAGAACACGUAGACAACAACAAACUGUUCCAUUUUGGUGCUUCUGUUAUGCAUUACCGUUGGAGACGUCUACGGGACUCUCUAAGUGGUUCUUCCGAGUUCUCAAUCCCGGAAUUUCAACCCUCGUACUGCAACUUCUUCCAGAAACAAGUUAAUCACGCUCCUGCAUUUGCGUGGCUGAGAUGCAGAAAAGUGGUAGACUGUGAAGCUUUUCUGAAAGAGAACCGGAUCAUUUCCCGUAGUGGUCGGCACUUCGGUGUUGGCACAGAGUACGUGCGCUUAAGCAUGCUUGAGCGGAAUCAAAAGUUUGAAAUGCUACUGAGUCGGCUGGCAAGGAUUGACUCCUCCAGAACACCUGAUUAAGCAGCAAGUACCAGUAUUCUCCCAAGCAUUCAAUUUUGCUCUUGUGCUCUGCCUGAGGGCCCUCGCGUAGUUCUUCAUGCCUCAAGUCCUCCUGAGCUCCAUCUACCGAUUGAGAAUGUUUUCUGUUGCUCCGUAAAGACAGAGUGCCCUUGUAAAAGUUCCAAGACGAUUUGCAAGUGUUUUGAUACGGAGAGCAUUGAAGAUUCUUGAAGUUGUUUUCUUUUUCGACGCGGAGGAGGCGUGGGAGUUAUGACCUUUUGUGCUUGAGUGGUAGUCACAAGCCUUUUUUAUUUUGAGUAAUUGCUCCCGAAAUGGAGAUUUCCAGUGUUUUUUGAGCUUGGCAGCAGAGGUAGAAUACAACUUCUAGAUUUAACCAAGCAAGCAAACGCCAAAAAUUAAUCUAAUGUUUAUUCUUUAGCUCCGCUCUUCAUGA